AUGGCGAACGUCUCUGGGCAAAACGAUUUGGCGCCGGCCGUGACCGAGUCCAUCUCCGAAUCCUCCCAGUCAUACGGCAAACCUGCUUCGCGAAACGGCCCCCCCGAGACGAUCAACGUCGACGGCAACAAGUCCUUGACCUGGACUGUCGAGAACCUCCUUCUGAAUGACGCGCCAUCAACUCACACGAUCCCUUUGUACAACGUCCUCUGGGCCGAACAGACGAACCAGACCCUCGUGAUCGACUAUGCCCAGCAGGUUACGAAGAACAGAGUCCAAGCCGCGACAUGGACCUUUGCCGUCGACGAAGCCGAUGGUCCCGACGUUCAGACAUGGGUCGACACGCUCAUGAUCAAGGCGUACGGGCCCGCGAAGCGAUCCAAGAGAGCCAAGGUCCUGGUCAACCCGCACGCCGGACCGGGAGGCGCCGAGAAGAAGUGGCGUGUCGACUGCGAGCCCCUAUUCAAGGCCGCGCGCAUGCCCAUGGAUGUCGAGCUGACGACCUACUCGGGCCAAGCACUCGAGAUUGCGCGGGGGAUCGACAUUGACGCGUUUGACACCAUCGUCACCUGUUCGGGCGACGGCUUGGCUCACGAGGUCUUUAAUGGCUUGGGCCAGCGUCCGGACGCGGCGCAGGCGCUCCAGAAGGUCGCCAUCUCGCAUAUUCCCUGCGGCUCGGGCAACGCCAUGAGCAUCAACCUCUACGGCUCGUACCGGCCAUCAAUCGCCGCCCUCGCCAUCAUCAAGGGCGUCGAGACACCGAUGGAUCUGAUCAGCAUCACGCAAGGGGACAGGCGGACGCUCAGUUUCUUGAGCCAGGCGCUUGGUGUCGUGGCCGAGAGCGACCUAGCCACCGAGCACUUGCGGUGGAUGGGCGGCGCGCGUUUCACCUGGGGGUUCCUCGUAAGGAUCUUUGAGAAAAAGUGCUAUCCAUGUGAUCUUGCCGUCAAGGUGGAAAUCGAGGAUAAGCACGCCGUCAAGGAGCACUACAGGCAGUACACGCACAGGCCGUCAUCAACGAGCCUGGACACUGCCGAGGCCCCGAGGGCGCAGAACGCCGAUGCCGUCCCGAUCCGGGAUGCCGAGCCGCAUGGCCUGCCGCCAUUGAGAUUUGGCACCGUCAACGACGACCUACCCGAGGGCUGGGAACUGAUACCCCACUACAAGUUGGGCAACUUUUACUGUGGGAAUAUGGCGUUCAUGGCCCCCGACGCCAACUUUUUCGCCGCCGCACUUGUUAACGACGGGCUCAUGGAUGUCGUCUGCAUCGACGGCGACAUGUCUGUCCCCGCCCAGCUGAGCAUGCUCCUGUCGGUCGAGAGCGGAAAGUUCUUUGACAACUCUCUGGUUUCGUACCGCAAGAUCUCGGCUUACCGGAUCAUCCCGCGGAACCAAAAAGACGGCUACAUCAGCAUCGACGGAGAAAAGGUGCCGUUCGAGCCCUUCCAGGCAGAGGUCCAUCCGGGUCUGGCGAGAGUCAUCUCGAAGAAUGGCAAGUACGAGGCGCCUGGUCCCACGGGCUGGCAGAAUGGCAGGGUUGGGGCCUAG